AUGGUCUCAAGGUUCCAGAUCCGGGCGCAGCUGCAGGCGCAGGGGGUGCAGCCCCGGGAGGUGCGGCUGAUGCGCAACAAAUCCUCAGCCAGUCCUGGCACUGCCAAUUCCAGUCCUGGCACCCCCAAUUCCAGUCCUGGCACUGCCAAUUCCAGUCCUGGCACCCCCAAUUCCAGUCCUGGCACCCCCAAAUCCAGUCCUGGCACCCCCAAUUCCAGUCCUGGCACCCCCAAUUCCAGUCCUGGCACCCCCAAAUCCAGUCCUGGCACCCCCAAUUCCAGUCCUGGCACCCCCAAUUCCAGUCCUGGCACCCCCAAAUCCAGUCCUGGCACCCCCAAUUCCAGUCCUGGCACCCCCAAUUCCAGUCCUGGCACCCCCAAAUCCAGUCCUGGCACCCCCAAUUCCAGUCCUGGCACCCCCAAUUCCAGUCCUGGCACCCCCAAAUCCAGUCCUGGCACCCCCAAUUCCAGUCCUGGCACCCCCAAUUCCAGUCCUGGCACCCCCAAAUCCAGUCCUGGCACCCCCAAUUCCAGUCCUGGCACCCCCAAUUCCAGUCCUGGCACCGCCAAUUCCAGUCCUGGCACCCCCAAAUCCAGUCCUGGCACCCCCAAAUCCAGUCCUGGCACCCCCAAUUCCAGUCCUGGCACCCCCAAAUCCAGUCCUGGCACCCCCAAUUCCAGUCCUGGCACCCCCAAAUCCAGUCCUGGCACCCCCAAUUCCAGUCCUGGCACCCCCAAAUCCAGUCCUGGCACCCCCAAUUCCAGUCCUGGCACCCCCAAAUCCAGUCCUGGCACCCCCAAUUCCAGUCCUGGCACCCCCAAAUCCAGUCCUGGCACCCCCAAUUCCAGUCCUGGCACCCCCAAAUCCAGUCCUGGCACCCCCAAUUCCAGUCCUGGCACCCCCAAAUCCAGUCCUGGCACCCCCAAUUCCAGUCCUGGCACCCCCAAAUCCAGUCCUGGCACCCCCAAUUCCAGUCCUGGCACCCCCAAAUCCAGUCCUGGCACCCCCAAUUCCAGUCCUGGCACCCCCAAAUCCAGUCCUGGCACCCCCAAUUCCAGUCCUGGCACCCCCAAAUCCAGUCCUGGCACCCCCAAUUCCAGUCCUGGCACCCCCAAAUCCAGUCCUGGCACCCCCAAUUCCAGUCCUGGCACCCCCAAAUCCAGUCCUGGCACCCCCAAUUCCAGUCCUGGCACCCCCAAAUCCAGUCCUGGCACCGCCAAUUCCACCAUCAUCCUGCGGAACCUGCACCCCCAGAGCAGCCUGGAGUCCAUCCUGGCCGCGCUCGCUCCCUUUGCUGCGCUCUCGGCCGCCAACGUGCGCGUGAUCAAAGAUCGGCAAACGCAGCUGAACCGCGGCUUCGCCUUGAGACGGGGACAGGUGAGAGACACAAGGAGGGGACAGGAACAGGGGUAG